AUGGAUGACUCAUAUUUAGACGUGACAGCCGACUAUGCCGACGAUUGUAAAAUAACUCAAAAAAGUUACCAUUCGUUCACACCGUAUUCAAGUACCGCUCUAUCAUACAAUGAGGAAAUUAGAAUUAAUUUUCAAAACAUGGAUUCUUACACUUUACCGUGUGACAGUUAUAUUUUCAUUGAGGGCAAAAUAAAUAAACCUGCCGAUGCAGUUGGAAAAGUUCGAUUUUCGAAUAACGGACUGGCAUUUUUAUUCUCCGAGAUGCGAUAUGAAAUAAACGGAAUAGAAAUACAGAAAUUGAAAUCACCGGGAGUUGCGUCUUGUUUGAAAGCAUACUGCUCGUACACUCCAAACGACUUGAAUACAUUAGCUAACGUGGCUUGGGACUCGGCGAUGGAUAGCGAAGAUAAUACAAAUUUUAUGACCAAUAAUAUAUUUUCCGGAUGUAUUCCAUUAAAACAUGUAUUCGGAUUUUGUGAAGAUUAUAAAAAAAUAUUACUCAAUUGCAAUCAGCAACUGAUUUUGAAUCGCGCAUCUACCGACCUUGAUGCGAUACAUGUUGUGGGUGAAGGCGCAACCGCUGCCGUCGAUAAAAAUAAAAAAAUUACAAUUGAACUGACAAAGGUGGCUUGGAAAAUGCCAAUUAUCAGAGUGAGCGAUAAAGAAAAAUUAAAGUUAUUGAAAGUAUUAGAUUCUCGUAAAACACUAUCGUGUGCGUUCAGAACCUGGGAUCUAUGCGAGUAUCCCGUGCUCCCUAGAAACACUUCUCAUUCGUGGACUUUUAAGUCUAGCAGCUUGCUCGAAAAACCAAGAUUUGUGUUGUUUGGACUACAAACAGAUCGGAAAAAAAAUAUCGAAAACGAUGCUGGUCGGUUUGAUCAUUGUCAACUGAAAAAUCUUAAGGUACACUUAAACUCUGAAGUGUGA